AUUCUCCCCUUACGGGGGCCUCCUCAUGAAAACUGAUUAUUCAACUUGGAGGGGUAAAUGACCAGAGAUAGGUUUUAGCUCUCAAGUCGUUUACUGUAAAACUUGAUGUUAAACAGCUGAGAUUGAUGAAUAGACUAUGUUGUGCAAACAAACAAUAGACAAACAACUCAUGAAGUCAACCUACAGCAUGAAAUUAACACAUUGAUCAUGCAAAGUUUAAGGUUCAAAAAAAAAAAGAAAUAGAGAAGACAACUUGGGAAGAAAAAGAAUAUAUUGAUACUAAUUGCCAUGGAUGAGGAUGGUGCUGACAAGCAGAACGGAAUAAGACUCCCUGCUACAACUGGUCCCCGGCCCUAUAAAUGUGAUGUAUGUCAGAGGUCAUUCAGGGAGGUGGCCACCCUCAGAAAACACGAACAGCUGCACCGCGCCGAUCGUCCGUACGUCUGUCAGACCUGCGGAAAGUCCUUCUUGUGGUCGUCGAAUCUCAAAGUUCAUGAACGAGUACAUACUGGGGAGAGGCCUUACAAAUGUAAAAUAUGCCACAGGUGCUUCACACAGUCCAAUGAUUUAAGACGACAUGAAAGAAAUGUCCACAUGAGGGGAAAGUUGACCAACUAUCGGAAUCCAAUCGCUCCGUCAAACCGUAACACGAGUCAGAUGAAUCUGGCCACGUACCAGGCCUUUGCCAUGCAGCAGAGGGCCCUGUUACACCACGCCCUGACCUACGAGAGUCUGAUGCAGAGUGCUGUGGUCACACAAGCGAGAUUGAUGCAGGCUGGAGGUUCCACUGUUUCGUUGCCUUCGAUGAGCGCCCCGUCGGACACCAGCGUGUCUACCUCAUCAGAUUCCCAUCAGCGCCGCCUGGCGGGGUCCCCCGACUCCAUCAAACUGGAACAGGUCACACCCCCAUCUUCACCCAACAGAGAGCGCUCACUCUCUAACCCCGGGCUGGUGAACUCCUCUGCAGUGGGCGGGGACCAGUUGUACAUGGCUCCAAGAUCCAACAGCACCUCAGCUCUAAAUGCAGGUUUACUGCAUUCACCUCCUGCACUGUCGACUUCCACCUAUUCGGGAUAUGCGGCUGGCAGUAACUCAGUCAAUGGAAGUCCACCCGCCCUUGCCCAAGUCACUGCCACUAUGUCUCCUACACUGUCUGCAUACAAGUUGUCAUUUGAAUCUGCCUCGAGCUCAAGUCUACCUCACUCAGCCCUGAGACGACUACCUCCAAUAUCAUCUAUUUAUAGUAACCACCUGAAUACCUCAGUCACUGACAACAAAGUCAUUGACCUCAGCAUGAAGUCCACAAGCAGCGGGGAGUCCGAGGAUGGCGACUGGAAGUCACGCAUCAUCGCCGAGCAUUUCAAGCGUGAAGAGACGAGCCUCAUCGCUUCAAAGAGUCCCCCCGUCUCGGAAACGGAGAGCGAUGAAAAACGGGACGUGACAACCACAUCCAUUACACCAACAGGGGACUCGGGAAUCCAUCACUGUCCUCACUGUAACAUCUUCUUUCACGACUUCACGAUGUACCACCUCCACAAGAGUCUACAUUCGCCGCUGGACAACGAUCCGUUCCGAUGUCCUUCCUGUCAGAAGCAUUGUCAGGACCGCAUAGAAUUCAUGUUCCAUAUUGUUUGGCAUGUGAAGUAUCCACACACCAUCCCUAACUAUGAGCCUUUUAAGGAGGAGUACCAGACUUAAACUGGUUCUCUUACAGUGGAUAGACGUAAGCAUAAUGAUGAACCUCAAUAGAAGUGCAAUACAUCAUCCUCAUCCACUUGGUAACCUUCCUAGAAGUUCAAAGAUCACUUUGGAAACCUUUUAAGGUGUACAGCCUUCACUCCUGAACCUUCCUUGAAGUUCAGAGUUGAUAGCUUUUGGAGUUCCGAGUUCACUUCUUUGAACUUUGGAUCAAGUCAGGUUAAGGGAGAUAAUCCCCUCUCUCUAUGUUUAAUCAUGUAUCUGUAAUACAAAGAGAUCUCGCUACAUGUAGUCUGGUGUGUAAUGGACAACACCAGCGGAAUCGUCUCUCGAUGUUUGACCUAUUUAAAUGUAAUCUUGAUAUGUGAAAACUUUUUACCUUAGUGCUUGUAAUUGAAGAAUUUUUGUUGAAUUUCAUAUAUGUGUAUCCAAUUUUUUUGACAAAAAUCAUUCAUGGUAUAUUUUUGAAUUGAUUUAUAUUUCUACUUAUCCCUUCCCAUUUAAAAAAAAGUAUUUUAUCAAAAUACAAACAGUAAAUCCAUAACAUGGGGAGAUUUUUGUUCAAUUAAAAAAGUUUUAAGGGUUUUGCAUUUUAAUAGCUCAUUGGGACAUCCAUAUUGAA